GUAUUUCGGUGGUCGAUUGCACCUUUUCAUGUCGUCAUCAAAAAGUGACGAUAUUCCCAGGAAAUAAGGAGAGUUUCAUUAUUUUUUUUGCAGAACUGCGUUGAUUGCUGGAAAGAAACAUGUCUGGCAGUUUCUAUUACGUCAUGGUUGGUCAUCAUGACAACCCAGUCUUUGAAAUGGAGUUCUUGCCUGCUGGUAAAGCUGAGUCAAAGGAUGACCACCGGCAUCUGAACCAGUUCAUUGCACAUGCAGCUCUCGACUUGGUGGAUGAAAACAUGUGGUUGUCUAACAACAUGUACCUGAAGACUGUGGACAAGUUCAAUGAGUGGUUUGUCUCUGCGUUUGUCACCGCAGGACAUAUGAGAUUCAUCAUGCUUCAUGAUGUACGACAAGAAGACGGAAUCAAAAACUUCUUCAAUGAUGUGUAUGAUUUAUACAUUAAGUUUGCAAUGAAUCCUUUUUAUGAAACCAAUGCUCCAAUCCGGUCGACGGCAUUUGACAGAAAAGUGCAGUUCCUUGGAAAGAAGCACCUCUUGAGCUAAUGAACCAACCUGAGUUCUGCACCUUUUUUUACUUUCUUCAUUGUGUUUAUCAUACACAUCAUUGGUCUACGAUCACCUGUUGGUUGUGUUUUGAUAAAUUCACUGUAUUACUUUCUUGAUUCUUACCAACCACAGUAUAAAAAAAUAGCAUUGGGAAGUGUUUUAUAAUUAAUUAAUGGCAUGUGUGAGUGUCACCAGCAUUUUGUUGCCUAGUUUGAUAAUAGUGACAUGGUCUCUGAGGUCUAGUUUGAUAAUAGUGACAUGGUCUCUGAGGUCUAGUUUGAUAAUAGUGACAUGGUCUGUAUGAGCUCGACCUAGCUGAUGAUGAAUGAGCUUGGUUAAAACAUGCAUAUUUAAUAUCUGAUGUUUGUGAAAUGUUCUAUGUCUUUACUGUCCAGAUUUUCUCAUCAAAACACUUUCCAAAUAAUUCACUAGCGUGUGUGUGUGCCUUUGCCAUACAAAGUAAUGGCAGAACAUUUCACUAAUCAUUUAAGCAUGUACAAAGACCAGCCGAUGCAAACAAACACUCACAUUCUGCGUGUAAUUGAUCCUGCAUAUAUGCAGUAAUAUUCACCACACCAGAAAACAUUUCCCAAAUGACUUACUCUGAAGGCUAACUCUUUACUGAUAUCUUUUUCACAUUUUAACAAAGUGUUUCCCCCCCUGUAACAGUGGAGAGUAAAAACAAACAUCUUUAGGAAAGAUCAUUCAUUCAAGGACUGUUUUUAUUCAAAUAGCAUUUUUCAUUCAACUUGCGUUCCGGUCAUUCUGGACAACACUGCUGUAGCAAAAUUAUAGAAAAACUGAGCAAAGAAAACUGUUCUCAACACUCUAUUUUGUGAGGAUGUACAUUACUGUAAAAUCAAUAAGCAAUGAUUGUUGAAAUCAAAUGUUACUAUUAAAACUAUACUAGUGUGUAAGAAAAUGAAAUUGAUCUCCAUAAAUGUAAAGAAAAUGCAUAUUAGAUGAAUUAAGAUGCCCGCAGAAACAAAAACAUGGACAGUUACAUACAUUAAACAUGGUUUAGCAUAUCCACCACCAUGACCAAGUUCAUAAUGUAUCACCCAUCUGUUAUUUACAAUUAGCCAAGUUAUCAGAACACUGAGAUUCUGGAAUGGUAAGAACAACCUUAUCUACCUUAUUGGUAGAGAGCAGAAUGUCAUGCAGCAUAAGCACUCUGCUUUAUUCUUUUCAUAUUUAGAAUUUCAGCUCGUCCUGUGCAAGUGUUGAACAUUGUGUCCAUUGCAUAAUGAUAACUCAUUCAUUACGUAACGUUGUGCAGAUAUCGCAAGGCCAGCAAAUUCAGCUACCAGCACCAAUAAUAUUAUAGUGUCAUAAACCUUCAUUUCUGCUUAGAUUUCCCACUCUCUGUACAAUAAAGUAGUGAUGCUAGAUUAGUGCUUUAAUUUUUUCAAAUUAAGACUGCAUAAAUUACUCUGCUUUGUAUCAACAUUUGUUGUAAUAAAUUAAUAUAUUAUGUUUGGA